AUGAAGUCUUUCGCAGACUAUAAAGAUGCAGCAGACCUGCGCCAAUCCAUCUUUGAGCAGUUUGGCCAAUUGAUUGCAUCCGGCAUCAUCAAGCUUCCAGAUUGGACGGGCCUUCACAAGGCAGAAAUCCAGAUUCCCACGCGUGACGGACAGACCCUUCGAGCCAUUGUGUACCAUCCUGAAUCUACAGAGCCGGGGCCAUUAUUCAUGUUCUUCCACGGAGGAGGAUGGGUAUUUGGGACGCCAGAGUAUGGGGAGGGUUGGGCAUAUCUAUUGGUGAAAGAGCUUGGCUUCACUGUUGUGAGCGUUGGUUAUCGGGUAGCUCCAGAGCAUGUAUUUCCCACGGCGAUGCAUGAUGGCUGGGAUGCGGUGAAAUGGUGCGCCGAGAACGCAUCGACCGUGAGCGCAGAUCCUUCUAAAGGUUUCAUCUUGGGAGGCACGUCUGCCGGUUCGACCGUAGCGACUGUAGCAGCCCACGAAGCUGUAGACGCGAACCUGUCUCCUCAUGUUACUGGGGUUGUCCUCGCAUCUCCCUAUCUGUGCCAUCAUGAUGCUCUCCCCGAGGUAUACAAGAAGCAUGAUUCGAGCUGGGAGGAACAUAAAGAUGGUUUGAUCCUAGACCGGCGCGGUAUGGACUGGUUCAAUGACAAAUACAAGCCCGACCCUAAGUCACCGUUGGCCAGCCCGCUACUUUGGUCGAGCCACAAGAACCAACCGCCGACCUAUCUUCAGGUUAUGGGCAUGGACGCAUUGCGAGAUGUAUCACUGAUCUACGAGCAUAUUUUACGGGAGGAUGGUGUGCCCACCAAGCUCGACGUUUUCGCUGGGAUCCCUCACGGAGGCCCAGAUUUCCUUCCCACGCAUUCCGUUGUACAGCAAGCGCUGGGCGGGUUUAAAGCUGGUGUGGAAUGGAUAUUGAGACAACAAUUCUGA